CUUCAUCAAAAUUGACGAAAAGAGAUUUUUAUUUAUCUUACACCUAUAGUUUCAUUUUGAAAAAAAUCUACUGUUUCAUGAUAAAUGAACAGUAACCUUAUUCGAAGGCGAAAGCAAUUCGUAAUUUAGCCUUCGAAUGUUGACACAUCAUUAUACCAACAGUUCUUUGGCAUUUCAUUUUAGCACUUUUACCUGUAUAGGAAGAAAUGCAAUAGUGAAUUCAAUCGUGUAUUAAAUUGUCAGGCGUUUAUUAUUAUUUGGCAAUCUAUAAUCUAAACUGAAAUCUGUCUAUACAAAUUCUAACUUAUUACCAAAACUUUGGAAUUAAUUAAAUUUAACACUGUUUUUUCUGAAAGUUCUUUCUGUGCUUUAAGUAUCUUUGAGUUACAUUUGUGUUAUAAAUGUGUUGAAGUCUGACAAGAAAUUGUACUGCUAAAUGAUGGCUGUUUCGAUAAGUGAAAUUUGCGAAAAUACAAAACUUGCAAGGGAAAUGGCAUUAACUGGAAAUUAUGAUACAUCUGGAGUUUAUUAUCAAGGGGUAGUCCAACAAAUACACAGAUUGCUCACAAGUAUAGCAGAUGCAACACGCAAAGCCAAAUGGCAACUCGUGCAACAUCAGAUUGUACAAGAGUUUGAAAGAGUUAAAGCCACUUCAAAUACACUACAACUGUUUAAAGUGGAUACGCAUAUAGAAAGAACAAUAGGUUCACCGUGUUUACCAUUUGAAGCACCAACACGUGAUUCAGCACUGUGGUCCUGUGGAAAUUCUGGUGCUGCUUGGAACCAGCCUCUAGCCCGAGAUCCUGAUGUAUGGCCGCCAUUGACUCCUGCAGAACAAAAAAAUGCAAGACCACAAAAAAAUCAACAAAAACAACAAGCCCGUACAGGAAUACGCAAAUCAUCCUUAAGUACUGGAAAAAAACAGGAUGCAAAGUCAAGUACUAAGAAAGAUGAUAAGAAAUCAACAAAAAAGGAUGAUUUUAACAAGGACAAACAGGAGCCCGAGAAAGCCGAUGUAGAAGUAGAAGAACGGAAAUUCGAACCAUCAGGAAAUGACAGGGAUCUCGUAGAUUUGCUGGAGAGAGAUAUUGUACAGAAAAAUCCUAAUAUUCAUUGGGAUGAUAUAGCAGAUCUUCACGAAGCAAAAAGAUUACUGGAAGAGGCUGUAGUCCUUCCGAUGUGGAUGCCUGAUUUCUUUAAAGGAAUUCGACGACCUUGGAAAGGUGUGCUAAUGGUGGGCCCACCAGGUACUGGUAAGACGAUGCUUGCCAAAGCUGUAGCUACGGAAUGUGGUACAACAUUUUUCAAUGUGUCGUCAUCAACUCUUACAUCAAAAUACAGAGGCGAAUCUGAAAAAUUGGUUCGACUUCUUUUUGAAAUGGCAAGGUUUUAUGCGCCAAGUACAAUUUUCAUCGAUGAAAUUGAUUCUCUGUGCUCCAGACGAGGAUCCGAAACGGAGCACGAAGCAUCGCGACGCGUAAAAUCGGAGCUACUUGUACAAAUGGAUGGCAUAAGUUCUAAUAGUGAGGAUCCCAGCAAGGUGGUAAUGGUCCUUGCAGCAACAAAUUUUCCAUGGGAUAUAGAUGAAGCUCUUCGAAGACGAUUAGAAAAACGAAUAUACAUUCCCUUGCCAAAUCAUGAAGGACGAGAGGCACUAUUAAAAAUAAAUCUGAGGGAAGUCAAAGUUGAUCCGUUUGUAAAUAUGGCGGAUAUCGCAAAAAAACUGGAAGGAUAUUCAGGUGCUGAUAUAACAAAUGUUUGCAGAGAUGCAUCUAUGAUGUCUAUGCGUAGAAAAAUUGCUGGCUUGAAGCCGGAUCAAAUAAGACAAUUACCAAAAGAGGAAUUAGACUUGCCAGUUUCAGCUGCUGACUUCGAUGAAGCUGUUGAAAGGUGCAAUAAAAGUGUAUCCCAGGAGGAUCUCGAGAAGUAUGAAAAAUGGAUGAGUGAAUUUGGUUCAUCCUGAUAGAGCCAUCUCCGAAAUGCAUAAAUCAAUAUAAAACAUAUAUAUAUAUACAGACAUAUUAACAUCCUAAUAUUUUAUUUACAUUUUUAUAACAAAGCGCAAGAAAUAGUCGCAAUUAUAAUUCUCUACAAAAAAUCAUUAAAGAGAAAGUAAUUUAUAAAACUGCUUCAUAUUUGGGUUCGGAGCCCAAGCAAUUGUUAUAUAAUAAUAAUUUAUGAUAUAGUCUUAAUGGGGGAUCAAAUCAAGAGACUUCAUUUGUACAGAAUAGUGAGAUUAAAUUAGUUUAGAUGCCGACGUAGAAUGCA